ACCCCCGCUGUUUGAUGGUUUACCAAACAACCCGUAAAGGAAUGACAGAGGAGGAGAGUUAGUGAUAAAUCUCAUCUAUCCCCCCGUCUCAACGGUCCACAGCGUUUUCCCCCAACACCAACCAUGAGGAGGAGUCUAUCGGGAAACGGGCCAAUAAGACGGCCUGUUGCAACUGGUGAGCAGAAUCACUCCUCGCCUACAUUACACAGACGGGGAAGCCCGCGCCAAGACUGGCACUCAAUGACCGUCUUCUCGGCGGCUCGGUCGAUCUGGAAGUCAGCCUGGAUUCAGCCAGACGAAACGCGGCCAUGACGACAAAGACAUCCGUCAUACAGAGGAGCGCUACUUUUGAUUCGGCCUGGAGUGAAUCAAUUGAGACAAAGAUGGACUCGGAACCGUUGUGGGACGACACUGAACCCUCGGUGGACUCGGAGAGGACGUCGCAAACACCUGAAGGCUUUGGCUAUUACUCGCACGGCGGUAUCGUGGACGAUGUUGACCCGGUACCCUGGUAUAAAAUCCCGGGGUUUCUCCACACCAAACACUCGGUGGCCGACAGGAUCAUCCUCAACGUGGGCGGGACGAUAUUCGAAGUCUCCAAAUUUGUCUUGGAUCGCUACCCAGAGACGUUACUCGGUAGCGAGGAGAGAGAUUACUUUUACGACGAGUCUGUGAACGAGUACAGGUUCGAUAGAGACCCUGAAGUCUUUCGGUACAUCCUGAACUUUUACCGGACGGGCAAGCUGCACUACCCGGAGACGGAAACGCUCGGGACUUACGAGGAAGAGCUGAUGUUUUUCCGGCUCGGACACGAGGCCCUGCCCGAUAUCAUCAGCCCCUGUUGCCGGGAGUCCUACCUGGAUAAGAAGGAAGCUCGGGAUCAGCUGCGACAAGAGGAGGCAAAAGAGGCUCUGAAAUUACUCAAGAGUAACCCAGAGGACAUCCGGGCUGUAAUAUGGGCUGGGAUUGAGAAUCCUACGGGAAGUUGCAUGUCUGCGGCGUUUUUCUACGUGAUUAUGUUCUUCAUAGCGAUUUCUAUAGCGACGAACACGAUAGAGACGUUGUAUUGCGGCGCUACGGACAAGGAGGUGCCGAUAUACUGUGGGGAGAGGUACCCGCAUCUUUUUUACGUCAUCGAAACGUCGUGCGCGAUGUUGUUUACCUCGGAGUACUGCGUACGACUGUUCGCCGCUCCGGAUAGAUGGCUGUUCGUGAAAAGUCCCAUGGCCAUCAUAGACCUGUUGUCCAUCUUACCGUUCUAUCUCGCGCUGAUUUUACCCAAGAAUUCCAACCUCAGCGGUGUUUUCGUCACGCUGAGGGUCUUCCGGGUUUUUAGGGUCUUCAAACUCUCGCGUUCGUCAACCAACCUGAAGCUGCUAGGACUCACAUUGAAAAGUUGUCUCAGAGAUCUGAGUUUCCUGCUGUUCGCCUUGGCGAUGACCGUGAUCUUGUUUUCCACGGUGAUAUACUACGCCGAGAAGGGAGUACCCAACGGUAGGUUUACGUCCAUUCCGCAAACAUCAUGGUACGUGGUGGUCACUAUGACCACGCUAGGGUAUGGGGAAAUAGUUGCAAACACCGUGUUUGGCAAGAUUGUGACGGCGGUGUGUUGUGUGAGCUCCGUCAUUCUCUUAACUCUCCCAGUCACGGUUAUCGUUUCAAACUUCAACAACUUGUACAGGCCGGAUAAACUUAAAGACACAGGACCUCCUAGAAGGAAUCCUCCGCCACUGGCCCCGAAGGAGUUGGAGAUUUUCCACUCACAACAUCGCCAUCUCUUGACUUGUAUUGAAAAGAGCACGGGCCACAAUUUCACAACGUUACGGUUUCCUUACAUGGAAACUGAACACUGGGAAGGGUGCUGCCAUCAACACCAUGGGCAUGGGCAUGCGCAUGGACACGGACAUGGACAUGGGCAUCUGACCCACAGGCAUUCUCAUUCUCAUUUGUAACGUGGAUACGAGUAUAAACAUGUACUCUUCUAAAAUUCAUUUCUUGAAAGGGCCACAGUUAAUGAAACAGACAUUAGUAUUUGCUAUCCAUUUGUUUAUCUAUUACUGGUGCAUUGGAAACAAAAUUCACUGAAUGAAAUCUGACAUUCAAGCAUUCCUUAAAGCAUUAGUAAAGGUUCCGUUAUAUCAGUGGACUAAGAAAACGUAGCCUUUACGCAUGCUUUAAUAUAUGCAUGAGGCUAAAUGUCCUAUCAACACGGAUAACUUACGUAUACAACACGUAACGAUCCGUAUCUGACAUGUCAAGAAUCCUAUGGAUUGGUUACAAACUGUAGUGAUCGAUCAGACACUGAAACGACGAUACAGGAGAAAAACAAACCCACAAAAUUGAUCAUGUGCUUAGGGUUGCAUCGGUGACCUCGCAUGCUUUGUGUACAUGCACAGUGUUUUGUUUGACCAUAUUUUGUAUAGGGGAGUGAGAGCCAAUAGGCACGCAGUAUUUCUAUAUGCGAUAUGGCCUGAUUGGCCAAUUCGCACGGGUGGUUCUUCUUGCUGAUUGGUUGUUGAGAUAAUUGGAUCAACUGCCUUGGAACACCUGAACCUGCACCAGUCCUAUAUCGAAACUGUAGACAGUGUAGACUGCAGAAAACUCACUUCUCAUCGUCCAAAGUACAAUGUGUAGCAGCAUCAAGUUGGUUGAUCAUCAGUUUGCACCUCACGUCGCAAACACCCAAGAGUCAAACAAUUAGUGAACUGAUGAACUUUGUCAUUACC